CAUCUGAUUCAUCAUUCAUGCAUUGUUACUGUUUGAUGAAAUGCUUCAACGAACGAUCACCAUUCUCAUUCUCAUUCUCAGGUAAACAACGUUGUUGGAUGGAGGAGGUGGUUCUAACGGAGAAGGAGGCAGCUCACUGGGUUUUCCGAGGCGAAGGAGCUGCUAAUCUUGUUCUCGCUUACACCGGAUCAUUCCCUGCAUUCAUUGGGAAAGUGAUGCGAAUUCGUAAGGCUCCGAGGAAUGGCGCACAUGCUGUGAACAAGAGGAGCCCCUCUGCUUUGACUGCACACGAACGCCUUCUCUGGAGAGAUGUGGAUGAACUCAUUUCUUCUCCAGACAAUGAAGCUGCUGGCUUGCUCUUUGUUCGCCACGUUAUGGAGCCACUGCUUGGUUCCAACUAUGUUGAUGCUGGGAUGCAUGUCCUGGUGUCGAGGGAAUUUCUUGAAUCUGUUGAGAAGAAUAUUAUUUAUCAGCGUCCUGCUUGGAGAGUUGAUAGUGCUCAGGUUGACAAGCAUUGUGAUUCGGUGCUUCUCAUGUCAGACCAUUCGCUCUUCACUCACGGUGAUCUGGACUCAAGCCCCUGCAUAUCUGUUGAGAUAAAGCCCAAAUGCGGAUUUCUUCCUCUUUCAAGAUUCAUAUCUGAAGAAACUGAAAUAAAAAAGAGGAUAACUCGCUUUGCAAUGCACCAAGCCCUGAAAUUGCAUCAAGGAGAGACAAUGCUGCUAAGUGAAUACAAUCCACUUGAUCUGUUCUCUGGAUCCAAGGAAAAAAUUCAUAAAGCUAUCAAGGAUCUCUUUACUACACCUCAAAAUAAUUUCCGUGUAUUUAUAAAUGGCUCUCUCAUAUUUGGCGGACUAGGAGGUGGUGCAGAAGAUACAAAUAUUUAUAUUGCAAAAGCAUUUGAAGAUGCACUUAAGUCUGUCGUUCAAGCUGAUGAUGGUCUUUGUACAGAGAACUUGCUCACUCUUGUUACUGAAGCUGUGCAAAAAUCUGGAGUCCUUGAUAGGCUCCUAGAGGUUCAGAAGGUUGAUACUGUUGAUAUUGAAGGAGCCAUUCAUGCAUAUUAUGACAUUACUUGUCAACGGUGCAUGGUCUGUAAAGAAUUGAGUGAAGAGCAAGCGGAAAGAUAUAUCUCUUUGCAUUCUGCUUCAUUGGAUGAAAGCUUGAGAAUUGUUCGGGACUACCUGAUAGCAACAACUGCAAAAGACUGCAGUUUGAUUAUGUGUUUUAGACCAAGGAAAGAGGGGGAUACUGGAUCUAUAAGCAAUAAUAAUGUAUAUCUUGAGUCAACCAAUCAAACAUUUGAUUUCAAGGUAUAUUUUAUCGACCUGGAUUUGAAGCGAAUGAGUAAAAUGGAAGAAUAUUAUGAAUUGGACAAGAAAAUAGUGAGCUGCUACAGGGAAAUGAUCAAAAUGGACCACCGAAGAUCACAAACUUGCUAGCAUGAGUAGCAUCUUAAAAUGCAUACUGAGAUUUAAUAGACUCUAUUAUAGAUGACACUGGAAGAAGAUUGCAUCUCCUGGUUUCAUUUGAUCCAUAGCAAUGUUUGAGCCCAUAUAUAUAGAUACUAGACAAUACAUUGAAUUUAUAAGUGCAUCUCCUCAUCCUUUGAUUCUAAUGGUCUUGUGCAGAAGGCUCUGCUGGUAUCAGUAAAACUGCUCUUUUCCAGAUGCAAGCAAGAGGUGAUGAAAUUCAGAACAACUUUUCCUUCCAUUGCCCUCAAUGGGUCCAAAAUCACAGUGACGCAGUGAUUGGCGAGAAAAUGAUAGUGAGGAUCAUCAAGGUUAGAAAAUUAAGAAAAUCGGUUGAGGGAAUUCCACAGAAAGUAUGAAGGAUGAGUAAAAAAUGCUAUUCCUCAUACUCCAUGUGUAUAAUGUAUUAUUUUUGAAGGUGAUCAUAGUCGCUGUUCCAUUAUGUAAUUAAUUAAUUCACUCUAAUCGGUGUACCAUGUGUAUCAUUAUCAAUCUCUUUCAAGCAAAAAAUGUACAUGUUCUUAGAUGUUUUAGGCGAGAUAUUUUAAUGAGGAUUUCUCAUUGUUGCA